ACCUCUCCAGCGCUGUAGCGGCAGCAGCAGCAGCGGGCGCGUCGCGUCGCGUCGCUGAUAACAUCGCGCGCAAUGGCUGCGUCUCUGUCCCGUGCUCUGAAAUUACCGGGUAAGAAGGGCUCGGAUCUGGGCGAGUAUGAUCCGCUGACGCAGGCCGACAGCGAGGAUGAGACGGAGGACGAUGAUCUGGUUCUGAAUUACCCUCGUAACGGUCUGAACCCGGCGGUGGCCGAUCUGAGGGGCGAGGAGGAAUUGGAUGAAGAGGAGGAGGAGCUGCGGGAGGGGGCGGGGCAUGAGGCGGGGUCUGGGCGGGGUCAGGGUGGAGCCGCGGAGGAGAAGGCGGCGCGGGUGCGAGGGGCGAUGCGAUCUGCGGCGUUCCUGCUGCCGCUGUCCUGUGCCGCUCUGCUGGUGCUGCUGUGUGCGUUUCUCAUUCCCUGCCCACAGGGGGCGCCGCUCCAUACGCAGUGGGAGAGAGAGCUGGGAGACACAGCGGGCGUGACCUCACCUCCCAUUGCAUUGUGGGAUGUGGAUGGGGACGGAGUGGAGGACAUUUUGAUUGGAGUUACGAACAUCUCCAAUAACAGUCAGCCAAUGAACGCACAGAACAAAGAGUUAAGCGUGUGGGCUCUUGGCGGCAGCGGAGGGCAGCUGCUCUGGAGGAAGCCACUCAGAGAGCCGCUGAUCUCUGUUCAGUGUGGACUGCAGACAGGAAAUUCAGAUCCGCUGCACUCGUCUGCUUGCGUCCUGAUCAGCUCCGGUCACAUUAUCGCCAUCAACGCAUCCACAGGAUGGACGUUGUGGACGACGGCUGUAAAAGACGUGGAGUCUCAUGCUGUUCUGCUGCCAGAUCUACAGGGAGACGCCUUUCCAGACCUGCUGAUCGCAACACUGCCGGAGGACCAGGUGUCUGAUCUGGCUCUGGUCCUGAUCUCUGGUCGCUCGGGCGCUCUGAUUGGCCGGCCGGUGAACUUUAACCUCACGGCUCAGGGGAAGCUGAUUGGUCCACUGCUGCACGUGACACAGACGGGAGCCUAUUAUGUGCUGUUCGGACUGGGUAAGGUGGAGGCCGUCUCUCUUUCCUUCAUCUUCAGUAGAGCGACGGGUCAGAAGGCUGCGUCUCGAGUUCUUCUGAAGGAGCCCAGCUGGGAGCGUUUGAGGAAGAGCAACUCGUCUUCACUCAUUCAUAUCAGCAGCGUCUCUGAGCUGGUGGAGUUCCUGCUGUCUUUGGUGGUGGGCUCGUGUCAGCGUCUCAGGAAUCUGGACGGAGUGUCUGCGCUGAACUGCAGUCGCAGUGACUGGAUUGUGCUGAGUGACUCCAGCAGACGUCUGUCUGUGCUGAGAGCCAGUGACACGCUGCCCGUCUGGAGCCUCGGCCUCGCCGCCAUACACACUCAUCCAGCGGUGGGUCACUUUAACGAUGACGGCGUUCCUGAUCUGCUCAUUCAUCAGUCGGCUAAUGGCGUGAGGAAGGUGCAGAUCGUGGAUGGCGCGCAGGGGCGGAGCCUGUGGGAGGCGGAGUUUGUGUGUCCUCGUCUGGCGGUGGAGGAUUCGUCGGUCCUGACAGCGUCCGGCCAAUCGGUGUUCCUCUUCUGGGCGGGAGAUCCGCUGGUGCAGCCGCAGAACGUCUCCAAGGCGGCAGAGCCGGUCCUCCGAAAGCUGUUCCUGCUCCACCCGAACUAUCCCACAAUCCUCCUGGAGCUCAGCAGCACCACAGACACCAUCCUCAGCGCUGCCGUGAGCUACCAGGCGCAGCAGAAGGACGCGUCCUACAUCAGCGUGUCGUCUCGUCCCUCGGCCAGCCGCUCUCUCGGCGCUCAGAUGCUGCAGACGCUCGGUCUGAGAGCGGCCGCUACAGACGCCAGGAUCCUGCGGCUCACAGAUGCCGACAAACCCAGUGUUUUCCAGCUGCGCAAGUUCUUCAGACACCUGGCCUUCAGACAGUGAUGUCUCGGACUCGUCUUCACUCCUGGCUCGAGCGCUGCAGACGACUCACCGGUUAAACAGCAGAGCAAUCCUCCACACAGUAAUGAUCAUCACUGCUCUGACGCGUCUGCACGCCGGGUGUGCUGUAAAUAGCCCUGACUCUGUACAGUGUUUGAUCAGUGAGCACGCUCGGAUGCAUCUUCACUCACACGCUGCAGGAUAUUUAGAGAGAGAGAAAGACUAGGAGAGUCAAUGCAUUCACUGCCUCUGUGUGAAUAAAAUCAUGUGAUCCAUCAAAACACAAGCGUAAUCUGAUUAAAUGUCAUUCGCUCGGAGCUGGGUCACGUACUCAGAUGCCAAAAAUGAGGUACUUGUAAAUACAUUCUAAAAUGUACAGUUACUUUUUUAUGGAUUGCAUGAGUGCACAUUAUUCACACAAUGGCAAUAAUUUAUUCAUAAUUUAUUCUUUGAUUGAUUCUCCUCUUUUAAAGGUUCCUCUCGUAAAUAUCCUGCAGCUUAUAUUCAGUCAGAAAGUUUUGUGGUGAUUCACUCUGAGAUCAGUCAUUACAGCAUAACCAGUUCAGAUUUAACAAGUGUUCUGCAUAAACUACUGAUGAACUCCUUCAUUUUUAAUUUGAAUAUCACUCUCUGUGUGUUAUUUAACCAUGUAUUUCUAUGUCUUUGGAAGGCUUUUCUUUCAAACACAUUAAAAUGCACAAAUUCACAAAUGUUUUUGUCGUCUGAUCCUCUUUCACCUAAUACGUUUUUAUUAGAAGUACCUUAAAAUGAUUAUUUUAUUAAUGAAGGAUCAUGUUAAUUGCAUGGUUCUCUGACACUAGUUAAUGGUCACAUGGCAUGCAGGUAAACAUAAAAUAUACCUUUUUUUUUUUUUACCAAGUUUUUAUUUUGAUUGAUUUUGAAACGAUUUACUUUAAUUGAACAGUUUUAUGAUUUAAUUAUUUAUUAAACUCAUAAAUCCCCAGCAGAAACCUUGUCGUAAUAUAAUGUUUAAUGUUGUUGAUAAAAACAAAUGCAAUACAUUUUCU